GACUAGUCGAGAAUUGAAUCUACACGAUGGCAGAAGUCGCACCAACCGCCGCCCCGGCUGCCCCAGCCAAGGCACCCAAGAAGAAGGCCGCCAAGCCCGCCAAGAAGAGCGGACCAGGAGCCAGCGAGCUGAUCCUGAAAGCCGUGGCCGCCUCCAAGGAGAAGAAAGGAGUGUCUUACAUCUCCCUGAAGAAGGCGCUGGCCGCUGGAGGCUACGACGUGGAGCACAACGCGGUCCACAUCAAGCGCGCCGUGAAGAGCCUGGUGGGGAAAGGAGCCCUCGUCCAGACCAAGGGAACCGGAGCGUCCGGGUCUUUCAAGGCGAGCAAGACCGCCGAGAAGCCCAAGAAGGUGGUGAAGAAAGUGGUGAAGGCGAAGAAGUCUCCGGUGAAGAAGGCCGCCGCCAAGAAGCCAACGGCCGCCAAGAAGCCCAAAGCCAAGGCGGCGACCCCCAAGAAGGCGAAGAAACCUGCCGCAGCCAAGGCCGUGAAGAAGGCGACCAAGAGCCCCAAGAAGGUGGUGAAGAAGGCAGCCGCCCCCAAGAAGGCCGCUACCCCGAAGAAGGCAGCCAAGAAGGCGGUUAAACCCAAAGCCGCUAAGCCCAAAGCCAAGAAGGCAGCAGCAAAGAAACCAGCGAAGAAGUAAACAACAACAACCUGAUCUUCAUCAACAACGGCUCUUUUAAGAGCCACCCAAAUCACAGAGAGCACUUUUCCUGUUGACUGUCUGAUUUACAAAGUGGUUCAAAUGUGUAAAAUAUAAUGUAGUUUUAGUUGGAAACAUAACGGAAUUAGGAUAAAAUCAGGUGUUCUGAUAUAAAUCAGUGGGAUUUAUAAUCUAAUCUGGCAGUUUGUAGUGAGGAGAGGACAGAGAGUGCAGACUGUAUAAAGAUUAUAUAGAUAAUAUAAUAACUUAUAGACAUUAUAGGACUAUUACACUAUAUUGAGAAACUUUUCAACAUUUUAAUAACUAUAGACCAUCUCAUUCAUGUUGCAGGUACAUCAGUGGAUUCAGGUACUUGUGACUUUUCCUAAAUAUAAAUGAGACUGAAGUGUUAUAAUAUAGUUUAAAUUGAGUCAAAAUCACAUUUACAAACACUCAUGUAAGAUGGUCUGAAGUCCAUUUUGAAUAUUUGCAGAUUAUAUGUUUCACUUGGUAGCUCACACAACUCUGUAUAUGUUGUAUUAUAUAUUUAUUUGUAUAUUUAAUAGAAAGCUCUUUAGUCUUGUGCAUCAACAACACUUCAGAUGAGAGUUAAGAACUGUCUUCAUAUAUAAAUAUAAAACAUUAACACAGCGUACGGGAACCCUAUGGAUGUAUACAGAUACACACACAUAUGUACACUUUUUUUACACUUAUAUUUAUAUUUUUAUACCCAUAUAUGAUAAUAAUAAUAAUAAUAAAUGUCCUGUUUAUUAUACAACAUGUUUUGUAUCUUCUUUUUGUACGUUUCAUAUGUUCUUAUUGCACCUUUUAUGAGUCUGAAUGUACAGUUUAGUUUUAAGUUUAAUUUUCUGCUCAUAUAUUUUCACACCAUUCCCACUUGAACAAUGCAUAGUGUUUAUACUUUCGUUUAUAGGCUUAUAUUUUCUAUUAUAUUUGGUAAUAUUUUAUUUUGUGAUGUACUCUGUUUUGCUCUACUUUACCCUGUUGCUGUUGUGUCGAUCUGCUAAGGGGAUCAAUAAAUGAAUAUCUUAUCUUA